GCUGUUGCUUAUAACCAGCGCUCCUUUAUGAACUGCAUUCUGUUCAACUUCCUGAUUGGUCCGUUUGGCUCAAAUUCUAGCCAAUGAGAACGUGGCGCAGGAGAUUUAGAGCCUCAGCUGAAAUACUUUUGUUUGCGCUACUGGCAGUAAAGCACCUCCGUCAAAUUGAAUGAAAUACAGUAGUAAAGGGCAGUCUCUGUCGUCUAAACUUGAUUUAAUAGAGCGAAGCACACUAAGUCGAAACAGCAGCGACUGGACAGUUGUUUUCGGGUGUUAAAGGUGAGCGAACCUGCCAUGCCUUUCACAAGAGGGAAGAAAUCCACAGCCACUGCAGGGAGCAGGGCAUCCAAGCUGAAUGCAGCCGCCACAGAGAACCAGGACGAGGCCCCUCAGGUGAAGAGGUCCUCCUCCCCUCCCCGUGGGGCUCCCAAGAAAAGAACUGCUUUUAUUGACAUCACCAAUGCUCAUAAAGUGCAUAUCAGCCUUCCAGGGAGGAAGAAAGAGUCGAUCAAGAAAGCUGUGAAGAAGACCAGCUUCACCUCGGCGCAAUCAAAGAAUCAAGCAAACCUUAAAACAACAUCAUCCGUGAGCUCCGAGGAAUCGACGUCCGAGAGAGAAAGAACCGAUGUAGAGGAGGACGACAAGAAGAAAGAGGAGUUGCAGGGGGACGAUUCGGCUCCAGCAGAAGAGGCUGUGCAUGCUUCGUCCCCUGCUCCUCUGGAAGUGCCAGCACACUUUCAUAUGCAGCCUAUCCCAGAAGAGUUUGACAUCGACUCUGAGAACUCUGAGGACUGCUACAUGUGUCCUGAGUAUGCAAAGGAUAUCUUCGAUUACCUUAAACAGAGAGAGGAAAAGUUUGUGCUUUCCAACUACAUGCACAAGCAGCAGAGCCUCAACCCAGAGAUGAGAGCAAUCCUGGUCGAUUGGCUGGUUGAAGUACAGGAGAACUUUGAGCUGUUCCACGAGACCCUCUACUUGGCUGUUAAAAUGACAGACCACUAUCUGUCAGAAGCACCCAUCCACAGGCAGAAGCUGCAGCUCGUCGGCUCCACCGCCAUGCUGAUCGCUUCCAAAUUUGAGGAGCGCUGCCCGCCCUCUGUCGAAGAUUUCCUUUAUAUCUGUGACGAUGCGUACAAAAAGGAUGAGCUCAUCUGCAUGGAGGCCUGCAUUCUGCAGACACUGUCGUUUGACAUCAACAUUCCUAUUCCAUAUCGGUUCCUCAGACGCUAUGCCAGGUGUGUGAGCGCCAGCAUGGACACACUGACUCUGGCUCGCUUCUACUGUGAGAUGAGUCUCAUGGAGAUGGACCUUGUGACGGAGCGGGGCUCGCGGCUGGCAUCAGCCUGCCUGCUGAUGGCGCUAGUCACCAAAGACUUGGGAGGAUGGUCUCCCAUCCUGCAGUUUCACUCCGGCUAUCAGGCGUCUGACUUGGCGCCCGUCGUCAGGAAGCUCCACUCCAUGCUUUUAGCGCCAACUGAUGAUAAACUGAAAACCAUCAGGAACAAGUACUCUCACAAGGUGUUUUUUGAAGUUGCUUCCCUUCCUUUGGUCGACAUUGACAUUUUGGAGAAAGCCUUGGCCUCUCCCUGAAGAUGGAAUAAUGGUCUAAAAGACUAAGUGGUGUAAAACCUUGCCUUUAGGAGAAAGCUUGUACAUAAUUUGUUAAUAUGUUUAAUAUUUAUAUGUAGUCUUCCAUGUAAUAUUGGAAAUAAAAAGCAGUUCUGAAGGAGUGUUCUUAAUGUGGGCAUUGUUGUUAACAUGUUAAGGACCUAUUUUAUCAUUGGAUUUAUUUGGGGUUUUUAUGAGUUUUUCUUAUUUUUUAUCAGAAGAUAAGUGAAAUCUUUAUUCAUUAGUAACCUGUAAACACAUCUGUGUGCAUCUUUUACUAAUGAAUUAUGCACAAGCCCACAAGGUUUAAAGGUUCAAACAUUGUUACACGUAGCAGCUAUGCAUGCAUUUCUUUGUUUCUACAGGGCUUAUCAUGUUAAGCUAAUAUUUUGUAUAAAAGACAACCAAAUAAUGCUGUGCUUUUUAUAAUGUUUUUGUUAUGGCUGUCAUGCGUAGUCUUAAAAUAAAGAACUGUUUUACUGUUUGA